CAUUUCGUUACAAGCCUCGCGCCGCGCUGAAGCUGAGUAGAAAGGAAGCCACGUUGACACAGAACGUUGUGUUUUACGGUGGAGUUUUCGUUCCUCUGGCACCGGGUGGUAACGGUCUCCUCGUCUGCUCACUCAGGAGCCUCGACUGAAACAUCCAGAGGAAGCUGACAACUGUGAAUCGGUGCCAGAGGAGGUGUUUCAUCAGCCUUUGGACCUGAUCCAGGACUCUCCUCUAGGUCACGUCAUCAGCAGAGCCCGUCUCUUUGUGUUUUUUUUCAGGACAGAGAAGCCACAUCCUCUGACAGGAUGAGUGUCGGAUUCAUCGGAGCAGGCCAGCUGGCUCAUGCCCUGGUGAGGGGCUUCACAGCUGCAGGUGUGAUUGCUACACAAAGGAUUACAGCUAGCUGCCCAGAUACAGACCUGCCCACAGUGUCAGGGCUGAGGAAAAUGGGGGUGAACCUGACAACAAGCAACAAAGAGACCGUCAGCAAGAGCGAUGUGCUCUUCCUGGCUGUGAAGCCCCACAUCAUCCCCUUCGUUCUGGAUGAGAUUGGGCCCGACAUCGAGGACCGUCAUCUCAUUGUGUCCUGUGCUGCAGGCGUUACCAUCAGCUCCAUAGAGAAGAAACUGCUUCAGUACCGCACAAAUCCUAAAGUCAUGAGGUGUAUGACAAAUACUCCGGUGGUGGUGAGAGAGGGAGCCACAGUGUACGCCACUGGGACACAUGCAGAGGUGGAAGAUGGCAAGUUACUGGAGCAGCUGAUGGCCAGUGUAGGAUUCUGCACGGAGGUGGAGGAGGACCUCAUUGAUGCUGUCACCGGUCUGAGUGGCAGUGGACCAGCCUACGCGUUCACGGCCCUGGAUGCUCUCGCAGAUGGAGGAGUGAAGAUGGGUCUGCCCCGGAGACUGGCUGUCAGACUUGGAGCUCAAGCCCUAUUGGGAGCAGCUAAGAUGUUGUUGGACUCGGAGCAGCACCCUGGCCAGCUGAAGGACAAUGUGUGCUCACCAGGGGGCGCCACCAUCCAUGCCCUGCACGUCAUGGAGAGCGGCGGCUUCCGCAGCCUCCUGAUCAACGCGGUGGAGGCUUCAUGCAUCAGGACACGGGAGCUGCAGUACCUGGCAGACCAAGAGCGUAUAUCUCCAGCAGCCAUUAAGAAAACCACACUGGACCAGGUGCUCCAGCAGCCUGGAGUCACAGUCAGCGGCGUGGCUAAUGGGAACGGCCGGUCAGGGCUCAGCCUGUUCAACAAUCGCGGACCUGGGGUCAAGAAGAAGAACUGAGGACACAGAGCGGCAGACACACACACAUACACACACACACACACACACACACACACACACACACUCACACUCACACACACAAACAAACAAACAUGUUACAGGUUUAAGUGUGGAAAAACACAACAUAUUCUGUUCAGCCAUAUAAUUGAAAAACAACGACUCAGGACUUGUCUUGAAAUCACAUCCAAAUUUUUUGGCCAAAUCAUCUAUUCAUACUUGAAUGACAAGCGGACUGUGGACCUGAUGGUGUCAUCUGCACACACCCCAGGUGCAUUCUGGGUGCAUUUCUCACAGUUCUAGCCUUAUAUUGUGAUGCCGGGUAACUGUGUACAAGAAACACACUGAAUAGCAAAAGUGCAUUUACAAUUUAUUAUCUGGGCAGUUGGGUGGUAAUGACCCAUCAUGGGAUCUUGGUACACACCAGGCAGCAGAUGGCUGCUGGGAACCAUCAAGCUGUUAAUGUAUGUCUUUUAUGUCUUUCAUCUAAAAAAAAAAGAAAAAUGAUGAAGCAACAAUGUUAGUUCUCAUGUACCCUUUCUUUGUUAGUUGAAAUAGUUACAUUUGUUCAGCCAACAGUUUAUGCUGUUAAAGACUGAAUACUGGUUUAGUUAAGUUGUAAUAAAUUAAUUUUUUUUGUUCUUUUUCAUUGUCAUAUAAAACACUAAUGGUCCUCAUGGAUAAAAUAGCCUCCCUGUGUGUAAUAUUGGGGUUUUUAGUACAUUAAGAAUAUUGUGCCUUCAUCCCAUAGCUUAAAUGUCAUUCCAAGCUUGAAGACACAUCUGAUGUCAACAGUUUUCCACAGAUCCCCCGGUUCACUUUGUUAGUUUUUGUUAGGCUUAAUGUUAUUGUGGGUCUCGAACCCCACAUCGUGAACUGUUGUAUUGAAUUAUAAGAUGUUUGACACCAUGAGGGGACUUGAUUUCCGUCAUAAGGGAACGUGAUGUUAUGACCGCGAAAGUGCUACGAGAAAGUUUGAUUGAAUAAAACAGCUCACCGAAGAAUAUUUAAAUAUGGUUUUGGAAGCACAACAACAGCCACCAAUCCGUCCUAAUUGUGUAUUUUGUAUCAUUCUGUAUAUUUCUUAUCCCCACAAUGUUACGAUGUUAUGUAUGCUUUUGUUGGUCAUAUCCAUCACUGUAUUGGUUUGCCAGUCCAUAAGACAAUAUUAAAGAAGCAGUAUCAAAUA